UGUUGCUGUAUUGUGACAGCAACAAAGGCAGCUUGGAAAUAGAAGGACAAAGAUGUCGGCUGCCAAGCUGAAGAGGAUGUCCAAGUCGAAGCGCAGCUCGCCACGACUCUACGACACGGCGGACUUGCCGCAGUUUAUGCUGCUGCAAGCACGGAGUGGAUACCCGGAGUCUCGAGGUCGCCGCCCAAAGUCGGAGAUUCUGCGCGAGCUGAGACGUCUCCGAGCAGGCCCCCUGCGUCUCGAUGAUGAGGAGGAGCUGGUGGCGCCAGCGCCAGCGAAACCGGUGCGCACCCUGGACGAAUUUGAUGCACUGCGUCUGACACGGCAUCGCAUUAAGCAGCUGCUGCGCAGCACAAGCUUUGAGCAGGCGGUGCGCAAUUGCUUUGUCCGGCUCAACAUAAGUGCGCUUAAUGUGCCGCCGGAGUAUCGCAUUGCGGAGAUAUUGGGCGUGGAGGAGUUGCCGGUGGGUUACUAUGUGGACAAGACACCCACCAAUAUUGUGCUGCAUCUGCGCUACGAUGAUCUUGUGGAGAAGCAUGAACUGAACGACCUUUCCAACAUGGCCUUCACUCGCGAAGAGUUCGAGCUCUGGCGCGACAAUUGCGUCUGCCAGGCGAUUGAAUGGCCCACCACGGAGCUGGUCGCCCGCAAGAAGAUCGAGCUGUACAACGCCCUCAACAGCGAGGGCAAACUCACAACGGUCCUGCAACAGAACGGUCUCGUGUCUCUCGCGAUGCCAAUGCGUCCUGCCCCCAGGGCUGGUUUGCUGGAACGCUUUGGCGGUGUCUAUCCCUGGAAGUUGCAACGUCCAGCGACACCGUCACCGUCACCGACACCGCCAGCACCAGAGACGUCUUCGGACGGCAGUAGUGAUGGGUCUUUGGCAUCCGCUAAGCCCGAACUUGAGCUCGAAACACUCAAUGAGGAACUGGAAGCACAGCGUCUGGACUCAAUCAUGUCCAGUGCCGAGCACAAAACUAAAAUUGGUUGAACAGCCCUUUAUCUCACACUAAAUUCGAAAAUAAUUUCUUUCAGUUUUGGUUCAUAAAUUUGUUUAAGUUGCAGCAAAAAAAAAAAAUAUAUA